CUAUCUGUUUGUGAUCGAUGAAAGGUUGGAUGAAUACGAUGCCCAUGUUCAGCCAAAUUCUGAGAUGGAUGAAAAAACCAAAGGUACUGAGACUACUAUGUCUCGCUUCAACUGUUGUUGGACUGAUCUGUUAUGGACUCAGUUCGUUUCUAAACCAUUUGCUCGGAAACUGGAGCUGCUGGAAGAUGUUUCUUUAUAUUGUUUUCAGUUUCGUUGUUUGCCUUGCCGUAUUGUUCGCACCGGCAAGGUCGAGCUCCACCUCUCUCCGGUUGGAAGCUCAUUUGGCAUUUUUGGUUCUAAUGCUCACUUCUAAUUUGCAUUACACUUUAAUAGAUAACGUGGUGAAGGGUAAACCUGAUGCAUACAGUCUCAUCUCUUGUGCUGCUUUUGCUACCAUGUCACUUAGCUUGUCAAAUCUCAGUCAAUUUGGAUUCCAAAUUGAUCUACUCUAUUUCUUCUGCGGAGCUCUAACAAUACAACUCAUGAAGAUCAGAUUGUGGUUAGUCAUUGUUGGAGCAGGUUUCACUUAUUCCCUCCUCCAGCUUCGUGACUAUCCGAGUGACACACCAGAGGAGAAUCUUCAGCCCGACGAAGAAAAUCAACUCUUAAUCAUUGAAGUUGAUGACACAGAGAGUGAUGCACAACAAGCUAAUUUUGAUGUUGAUAGUACUGUAGGUAGUUCACCAGAAGAUGAGGAUCUUAUAUUUCGAGACCAUCUACUCACUCAAAGCGAUUCACAUCCGGAAGAUGCUGGUCUUAUCAUUCAACAACAAUUCAUGAAUUGUAUAAAAGAGCUUGAGAAGGAGAAUCAGAGGCUUUUUCCCAUAGUUGGUAGCCACGUCGAAAACUACAUUAAAGCCGUGUUUGACUCGAAAGAAGUAUCAGAUCCUAACGUCAACUUGGUGAUGGAUUUACUUCCAUUGGGAAUUAUGAGGCGCCUUAAGGAAAACGUGAAGCUGAUGGUGGAUGCAGGUUUCAUGGACGAAUGCAUCGACAUUUACAGCAAAUCGCGAAAAGCGUUUGUAGAACAGUGUCUACGGCCACUUGGGUUGCAAUUUCAAACGCCCAACAAGGACGUUGAAAAGUGGUCAAAAACGUGGAAGGCUGUUGGGAAGAUACUGUUUCCCAAUGAAAUGAGACUCUGCAGUUACAUCUUUUCAGGGAUACAUGAUGCUGCGGGUGUCUCCGCAGUCGAGAAAGUUUGCAAGAAAAUUUCGACUGAUCUACUGAGUUUUACCGAUACCACCAUAACAGCUGAUAACUAUUUGCCUAAUCUUUUGUCUUACAUCGUUCCUAAAGUGUCGGAGUCAUUGGGCGAGCUGACACGAGAGUUAAUCUCACCGACUUCGGUUCACGAAUCGUCUAUUGUUGAUGACAUUAAAGAUGUUCGGCUAAGUUUGGGUAUGCUAAACCAGUCGAGGGAUAGUAUUCACCCUAAUAAUGAUGAUAUUAAAGACGUUCGGCAAAGAUUGGCUAUGGUAAACAAGAUUGGGGGGAAUAUUCUUUACCCCAAUAAGGAGAAGGCAGGUCUGAUAGGUGGAGGGUUCCAUUUAGUUACUGAUUUGCUGAAGAAGAAGAUACGGAAAUUAUAGUAUUUGUUUUGGACAUUUAAUAAUUACUAUUGAAUUGUAUUUGU